AUGCAUGAAGGUAAGAAGAUUUGUAUUUCUGAUAAAGACCCAACAACAAUGAUAGAAACAGAUUUGAAGAGGAAAAAUGCGAAAGAUAAAAAUGAAACAAAAACACCAAAGAAAAGAAAGCAUCAAAGCAAAAAAAGUCCAUCAAAAAGGAAAACUCCCGAAAAACAACUACAUGAUUCAGAAACGGAUUUUAAAAGUAGGCGUCCAUUAAAGAAGGCAAAAAAGGAGUCACCAAUCAAGAAAGAGAAAAAAACAGUGGUAAAGGAAUUUUACUCGAUGAAAAACAGAUGUUCACCAGAGUCAUUACUAUCUAUAAUCCUUUGGUUGAGCAAAAAACAAAAAGAAUGUGUAAGAUCUAUGUGUUUUGGAAGUUUGUUAAAAAUGAAAAUCACAGAUAUACCACUGAAGCUGAGAUUUUAUAUUCUUCAAAAAUUUGAUUAUGAGAGAAUGGAGAUAGAUGUUAAAGGAAAGGAACUGAAAGUAACAACACAGUCUGUUCAUGACAUGUUGGGCAUUCCAAAAGGUGGAACCAUACUUACGCAACUGGAUCAAUGGCCUAAAGAUGAUACAAAGAAGAUUAGAUAUCGAGAGACAUUUGAACAAGAAAAAGCUAGAUUUGGACUUGAAGAAUUAAAUGAAGAAUUUGUUAAUGAACAAGAUGAAGGAGAUAUAGAUCUCGAAGACAAUGAUUCUGAUAAAGAUGAAGAUCAUUCUGUUGAGGGAAAUGGUGAACAAGACAAUGAUAAUGAUGAAAGUCAACCAGAAGUAGAUUAUUUGCUUGAUUCAAAUGAAGUAGAGAAUGAAGGAAUAAAAAAUGAUGGAGAUAAGAAUCAAAAAGAAGGUGAAACUGAAGUAAAAGAGAAAGAUGGAAAGAACAAUUAA